AUGGAACAAAAUACAUUUCUACUACUGUUGACAAGUAUUCUAGCUGCAAUUGCAACUAUUUUCUCGAUUGUUGGUGUAGCAACAGAUGGCUGGUUCAGUAGUUCCAAUCUCUUCGCAAGUUCAAAUACUGACAGAACAGCGGCUGGUGCUUUGCUCAUCAUAAGUAUUGUCCUUUUGGCUCUAUCUACUGUAUUGGACUUAAUGUUUUGGCGAGGUCUGAUCAGUAAUUCUGCUGAUAGAGUUAAAUGUGUCGUCCUGGGACUGUUAGUUAGCGCGAGUAUUCUUAUUAUCAUUGCCUAUUCGCGUGCGAUUGCUGCUGCUGCUGCUGUUAUACAGGUGAAAGACUUUAGUUAUCAUCUAGCAACUACAAGCGGUGUUCUUGCCUUUUUAUCGGCAGUCGUUUUUGCUCAUUGGCUUGGACGUACUUCAACAUCGAUUGUUUACUAG